GCAAAGCCAACACAAAAAUGAACAAUUUAACGAUGGCACUUAAUUUGUUGCGACAGCGUCUAGCAACAACAACAGCUGCUCGCUGUUAUGCGGUCAAGCCGGUGGCUGUGGGAGCAGCGGGCAAAAAGAAGAAACUCGGCAAGCUGGGACCCAUCAUGGAGAAGAAGAUAAUACCGGUCGAAACGGAUGCCAAUAAGCUGGUAAAUUAUGUGUGUGGCAGCAACUACAUGAAAACUGGCGAGGAUGUUAAGCUCAAACCGGACGCCGAAUACCCUGAUUGGCUGUGGACGCUCAACACGGAACGCAUUGUGCCGCUAGAUGAGCUAGAUCCUGAUACCAAACAGUAUUGGCGCCGCUUGCGAAAAAUGGCUCUGCGUCGCAACAAUCAACUGUCCAAGCUGAAAAAGUUUUAAGUGCAGCAUUUACGCGUUGGCAAUGGCUGGUCACACUUGGCAGCUUGACAGUUUGGCCUUCAAAUCGUGUAACUGCCUCGUUGUUGUCUUAGGUCAUCAUUAUUGUAUUUGCCUUGCUGUUAGUGCAAGAAUAAACACAUUGAUUAUAUUUAUUGCUACGUUGUUGUAGCAUUCUUAUGUACAUAAUAAUAACCAUGUAUACAAUCGUUUUUA